AUCGGUUCGAUUCGAUUUUUGUAAUCCUAAUCUCUAGGUGACCCAACUUGCAAGUCAGGUUCAUAAAACUUUGAUUUGGUAAUAAGAAAAGGGAAAACAGGGGGAAAAGUUGAACAAUGAGCACUGAAGAAGAUGUCGCACGGCGUAGAACUGCGAUUGCCGAUUACCGGAAAAAGCUACUCCAGCACAAAGAAUUUGAGUCUAGAGUACGCACUGUAAGGGAAAACUUGAGAUCUGCAAAGAAAGAGUUUAACAAGACUGAGGAUGAUUUAAAAUCUCUUCAAAGUGUUGGUCAGAUCAUUGGAGAAGUUCUCCGCUCUCUUGACAAUGAACGCUUGAUUGUUAAAGCAAGCAGUGGACCUCGGUAUGUGGUUGGUUGCCGCAGCAAGGUGGAUAAGGAAAAACUAGUUCAAGGAACUAGAGUUGUUCUUGAUAUGACAACACUCACAAUUAUGCGUGCUCUUCCACGCGAGGUAGAUCCAGUUGUUUAUAAUAUGCUGCAUGAAGAUCCUGGUAAUGUCAGCUAUUCAGCUGUGGGUGGUCUAUCUGAUCAAAUUAGAGAAUUGAGGGAAUCUAUUGAGCUACCACUUAUGAACCCUGAGCUUUUCAUAAGAGUGGGGAUUAAACCUCCCAAGGGUGUCCUUUUAUAUGGACCUCCUGGUACUGGAAAGACAUUAUUGGCUAGGGCUAUUGCGAGUAAUAUAGACGCUAACUUUUUGAAGGUAAAUAUUAUUAUCUUUACGACUCAUCCUUUUUGUCUUCUGAAUUUUGUUGAUUGCGAGUGGUUCCCUAGUUCAAUACAUCCUUUUAUUUUUGUGAAGGUUGUUUCAAGUGCCAUUAUUGAUAAGUAUAUUGGAGAAAGUGCUAGGUUGAUAAGGGAAAUGUUUGGAUAUGCACGUGAUCAUCAGCCCUGCAUCAUUUUCAUGGAUGAAAUUGAUGCCAUUGGCGGACGCCGUUUUAGUGAAGGAACAAGCGCCGAUCGUGAAAUUCAGAGAACACUAAUGGAGUUACUGAAUCAGCUCGAUGGGUUUGAUCAGCUUGGGAAGGUUAAAAUGAUAAUGGCAACAAACCGACCUGAUGUUCUUGAUCCUGCACUUCUCCGUCCCGGGAGAUUAGACAGAAAAAUAGAGAUUCCAUUGCCAAAUGAACAGUCGAGAAUGGAAAUUCUUAAGAUUCAUGCUGCUGGAAUCGCAAAGCAUGGAGAGAUCGACUAUGAGGCUGUUGUGAAACUUGCAGAGGGUUUUAAUGGAGCCGAUCUUCGCAAUGUUUGCACGGAAGCUGGAAUGUCAGCAAUUCGUGCAGAACGUGAUUAUGUCAUUCAUGAAGACUUCAUGAAGGCUGUGAGGAAGCUGAACGAGGCAAAGAAACUUGAAUCUAGCGCGCACUAUAAUGCAGAUUUUGGGAAGGAGUAGAAGCGCUUUCUUUUGUUGCCAUGGAAUGUGGGGCAGUGCGUUAUAUUUCUUUCAAAUAUUUAUGAUGCAUUGUUUUCAUUUUAAUCAUGUAGGACAUAUAUCACAGUUUACAAGCCAUGGAUUUUAACUCUUUAAAUUUUUAAAAAUAUUGUACCCCGCGUUCCAUUUGUUUCUAAAUGGCAUAUGCCUAAUUAUCCAUAUUAAUCUACCUGGCAAGCUUAUCAA